AUGACGAUCACGUGCCUAUUGCUUGAAACUUAAUGUCCUGAAAAUACAAUAAUGUGUCAACCGACGAUGUCUUCUUUAAGAAUAGCGUUGUAUACCGUCAAAUGUUAGACAGAUUAAUAUAACUUGUAUAGCAUUUGCACAUUGUUACAGUUGUAUUGAUACAUAAAACUUUAAAGGAAUAUUGUUUCAAUCCUAUUUGAAGGAUGGGUUUUGAUUUAAAAUUUUCGCUCCUUGUUAUGGGGGUAGUGAUCUUCUUUUAUGCGACAUCGGGGAAAACCCAGGAGCUUAUUCCACCCUCGGGUGAUCGCUUUGAUGAAUACCGGAUAUCCGGCUCUAUAUACGUACUGCACGUACAGGAGAUACCGGACUCGUUGACUCGGACUUAAAUGAGCCGCAGUCAGUAAAACUAGGGUUAAUGCAUGAGCUUUACAUGUUGUCCCAGAUAACUAUGGGCAGUCCGCAUAGGUUAAUGAGGGACAACCAUUUCCGAUCUAUGGAGUUUUUAGUUUAAAGGUUCAAAAAGAAAAUCAAGUAUAAGCGGAAAUUGUCGCCCUCGUUAGCCUGUUCGAGCUGGAAACUAAUCUGCGACUACACUUAACGCACAUGAAUUAAAAAAUUAAAUAAACCUGACAUGUAUUUCAUGUCACCCGAUAAGCAUUGUGCGGGAUGCCGAGGCCGUGCACCACCUUCCACAUGAGCCGGUACAUCACUCCAACAAUGUCACCAUCGCUCAAGACCUUCUGGAUGGUAGUGGCAUACAUCAGCGAACAAAACGCACACUUGCUGUUGGUCGUGGACGAACAUGAAGCGGAAACAACUGCGGACACAGACCUCGCGCUUGCCUCCCUCCGAGUAAGCGCCAUCAGGGUUGACGUCAUACAACUAUCGGUUACACCAGGCAAGGUCAUAACCGGCGGACGAUACCGGCGUCAAUCAUCCAUCAACUUCUACCAACUGCUCGCCAAUGUAUCAGGAGGAUCCAUGAUUACCACAGACAAGUACAACAUCGGGAGCGCUGUCAACAUCAUCACUCAAACCUUACAAACAACUCGAGUGGAUUUAAUGCGGCUUUCCUACAACGGUGCACCAGGGUCAACUUUCAUGGUUUUUGUUGAUGAUACCAUAACGCAGUUGAUCAUACGAGUUCAUGUGGAGAGGGCACAACCUGUUGUCAUUGCACAGAUGCCAUCAGGUGUGCCAUCUUCUUCAAGGCCCACAGUUAUCGGCUCUCCGGCCGCAGGAUCGGUUGUAUCUCUUCUAGAAAUCAACAUUACACAGGCAUCCGAUUACGGUAUUUGGAAAAUUAUGAAAAUGAACGGCAACAUUUGGGACGUCGCAAUUCAGGCUUCAAGUCCGGUGGAUUUCACUCACACAUUUGUAGAGCCUGGGCCGGGGGGUGACGGGGAAUAUGAAAUAAACGGAAUACCAAACUCCGGGGCAACGUACAAAAUGGUUGUUGAUGUACCUGAAUACGCAAAGGUUUUCAAGGUCCAAGCAGGUCUACUAAUGACUAGAGACAGCAUAAGGCCUAAAGCGUUUGGACUGUUGCCAAAUGUUGGCGGAAAAAGAGGAAAUCUAUUUUCACCGCCAAUAUUACCAUUCCCGAUGAGCCGUUUAUGGUUUCAGUACACGGAAAUGACAAUUCAUAUCCAACACAUACAUUUCGAAGACUGGACCCAAAUCUUAUUACACCCGUGACAUUACGAUUGUUCAUACAUCCGCUUACAGGACUGACUUUAUGGGCCAACGAAACGAUAGACAUUCCAUUCACGGAACAGAACGCUGGUGCCGUUGACCAGCAUAUCGACGUAAGAAUUGAAGACGACCAGAACUUUGCUUUGGAGCCGAAAAUUCACAGCUUUAAUAUAAAGGCUGGUUUGAACGAGACCGGACAUUUUACCAUAAAAAGGCGGACCAGAAGGUGGUUUAACAACCACUGUUACUAUCAACGCCAAGCCUGUUGUGAUGGGUUCAACAUCUUUCCAGUCUGGACAAUAUGACAUUCUCAGAUUUACAGUAAUGGAACACGCAACAACAACGUCCAAAUCAAUAACCGCAUCGAAGUCAACAACUUUAACUUCUUCGUCAUCCACGACCCCUCCAUAUGUGUCUACAUCUGACCUUUUAACGUUGUCAUCGCAAUUAACACAAUCAACAAAGACCCCAGUGGGCACGCCAAAAUCGGGCGGUACACAAUCUUCAUCCGAGGCAUCAACUGUUGUGUCAGGCCCGCCACAAUCUGGCACAACACAAGCUCCGUCAGGAACGCCACACUCGGGUACAACUCAGACCACAUCAACCACAAUUGGACGCUGGUAUGGGCGUCGGAGCAGCGAUGGGUGCGUGAUGACCUUGGUGAAAACUCUUGUUUUCCAGAGUUCUAACUUGCUGUGAAGUUGUGAUACAUUGCUGGCAAAAACUAAGAUCAGUGGCAGUCUUAUGUUUAUGUUGCAAUAUGUUUUAUUAUUGACCAAUCAGUGUUGAUCAAUGAAGUUUUUUAUUUAGCAAAUGUAAACCAUUGUUGUUUAUAAAACCAAUUUUACGUCGCAUACACAAGGUUUAUUUAUAUAAUACACCAACAAUUCUAAAAAAGUAAAAAAUGUCGCUUACAAAACUAAACGACAAACAACGCUUAAACUUCGAAAACUUUGAAUUUUAUGUUUCGAUCAUCUGAUUUAGGUUGAAACGGAACACAGUUAUGCUUCAAAAUUUUCUAUUAAUCUAAGAUCGCUUGUUAUGUUUUCAUAACAAUCGAAUUGUGCUUUGUCCUUUUCCCAUGGAAAGCAAUUCCUAACACUUACUACAAACAAUCUUACCCAAUUGUAUCAGCUAAUGGUAAUUACAUUUAACAAUAGAUUAUUGGGUAUGUGAAUUAUAACAUUAUCAGUAUGUUAUAAAUUUGUCACCUAUGUUUAUAGUUGCAGUAAAAAUUGUGUUUUUCCCCCAAAAGAUUACCUAAUUUCGGAAUGAAAUGAUGAAACAUGCAUUAUAAUUAAAUAAAAUUUAAAGUCGCAUAAAAAUUUACAACAACUAAUACCUUAUAUAAGGAUUAUGCACAAACUUCAUGGGUCCACUGUGACCGUGACCUUGAAUGGACCGACAUGGUUGUUUCACGUUGCAUGUCCAGAUAAUAUUAUUAUUUCUAUCAAAGUUUUCCGAAAUCACGUGAUGUGCCGUUGAGGUAUUUGUGAUCAAGGGAACAUGCACAGACGCCAUAUGUAUACUGUGACAAUGAACUGAAAUAAAACAACAUGGUCUUUGCACUUUG